GUACCUUACUGUCCCAAGAUCGUACCUUUUUGCCCCAAGAUCAUAUCCGACUGCCCCAGGAUUGUACCUUACUGCCCCAAGAUCGUACCUAACUGCCCCAGGAUUGUACCUCACUGCCCCAAGAUCGUACCUAACUGCCCCAUGAUCGUACCUUACUGCCCCAGGAUUGUACCUCACUGCCCCAAGAUCGUACCUAACUGCCCCAUGAUCGUACCUAACUGCCCCAGGAUUGUACCUCACUGCCCCAAGAUCGUACCUUACUGCCCCAUGAUCGUUCCUAACUGCCCCAGGAUUGUACCUCACUGCCCCAAGAUCGUACCUCACUGCCCCAAGAUCGUACCUAACUGCCCCAGGAUUGUACCUCACUGCCCCAAGAUCGUACCUAACUGCCCCAUGAUCGUACCUUACUGCCCCAGGAUUGUACCUCACUGCCCCAAGAUCAUAUCUGACUGCCCAAGGAUUGUACCUCACUGCCCCAAGAUCGUACCUUACUGCCCCAAGAUCGUACCUAACUGCCCCAUGAUUGUACCUAACUGCCCCAUGAUCGCACCUUACUGCCCCAAGAUCGUACCUUUUUGCCCCAAGAUCAUAUCUGACUGCCCCAGGAUUGUACCUUACUGCCCCAAGAUCGUACCUAACUGCCCCAUGAUUGUACCUAACUGCCCCAGGAUUGUACCUUACUGCCCCAAGAUCGUACCUAACUGCCCCAUGAUCGUACCUUACUGCCCCAGGAUUGUACCUUACUGCCCCAACUUGGUACCUUUCAUGUAUAUCAAUAUAUUAAUUAAUAAUAUGCUGGUGAUAUCCUAUAUUGUUUCAUAUAAAAUCUUACUGCCCCAUGAAUGUACCCCACUGCUCCAGGAUUGUACCUUACUGCCCCAACUUGUUUUUGGUCUCAUGAUUAAUUGUGCUACGAGUUUUUGUUAAUACUUAGGCUAAACAACAGGAUUAUUGUUGAACAUUUUGGUCUCAAAAAUUAUAAUAUUGUAAUAAAACUUACUCAUUUGUCUGACUGUAUGAUUAAGGAGACAAAAUCAUCCACAGGACCACAAAUGUCUUAUUCUUUAUGCACUUUCAUUAUCAUGGGGUAUCAUCUUAGUGAAAAAACGCCAAUAAUAAGAACCUGCAAUGGAAGAAUGUAACUUUAUGUAUUUUGUACUACGUCUUUCAGUUUUAUCUUAAUUUGCACAUUUUAGACUAGAAAGAUCUACAUUAUCCACAUAUAUAUAUCUUUUACUCAUUUCCUACAUUGAGUUUUUGAAUACUACGUAACAGUAAAAUUUAACUAUCAUUGACAUUGUAAAUACAACAAAUAAUUUUUGAAUACUUACCGUAAGAUGCAACUGAAUAAAAUUCCAUUCGAAUCAUCUUUCAAGUCGGAACACUAGAGCACAAUAUGUGAAAUUUAACUGAUGUCACAAUAUCCACGAUUAAAAUGGAAGUGUACAUGUAUCCCCUUUCUGAUUUCUCAAAUGCGUUUUAGAAAGCAAAUAUGUACACCGUGUAUUCAAAAGGUGCUUAUCAGUAACGCAACGCUGAACAUAAUUAUACGCAUUGCAUGAAUAUCCACGUGCAUAGAAAUACAUUCAUUGAUGGUGGAUGAAUACAUAAAAAUAAACUGUGAACAUUUAGCAUGAAUGCUUUUUGAACAUUUAUUCCCAUAAAUGAAUCAUUUGCGAAGAAUGGUACGAUUAACAUUCAUACCAUAGAUGCACAUUUAAGUAGUUUGGC